CUCUAAUCCAUUAAUCGCCAUGGAUCAAAUUAACCUGAGAAUUGAAACUCCCACCCCUCAUGACUUCGAAGCUCCAAUCCACGCUAUCAUCCAUGCAGCCAUCCAACCUACCAACGCCUCCUCUGCCAAAGAUGUAGCUCUCGCCCUCGACAUGGUCUACUUGGAUUAUAUAAAAAAGCCAGGCAUGAGCCCAGCGGGCGUCCUCACCUGUUUCUGGGAGUUAAUAAAUAGUUUCGCUAGCCAGAUACCUUAUGAGAGCCCGGCACAAGAGAAAUUAGUCGCCAUCGUGCAGGAGCUGGCGGGCGUUACCUCGACGGAGACUAUCCUCAACGAGAAACUGUGGAAGGGCCUUCCCUAUUUUACGUCUGAGUUUCCGCAAACCUGGGAGGCGAUGAGUCCCGAUGCAGAUGAUGACGAGAAGAAACAACGGUUCGUCAAUUUCCAGGCUUAUGCGGCUCGGAUCCUUGGGCUGGGUCUCUCGCAACAACUCGAAACGUAUGCCAUCUGGGCCUUAUCAGAUGUAGCAGAGGGAGCCAUGAUUCCUGUGCGGGGCAGUCCCGAUGUUGUUUCGGCAGAUCCGAAGGACGUCGAUCAAUUGCCGUUUAAAGCGGCGGCGGCGGGGAUGUGGAUUCUUUAUGCUGGUCACGCUCUAUACGGACGGGAUGAAGCCAUUUGGGGCACCCAGGGAGGCCCGCUGUGGAUGCUGCCCAAAGUCGAGAGGAAGAAGUUGAGGAGGAAAUUCAGAGGUACCCAGGGAUUGUGCCUGGAUCGGUGGUUACUGUGGAAGCAGCAGUUUAGGGCUAUUCGGGAUUGUGGAUCUGCCGAUGCGGAGACCAGGAGAAUUGCAGGCAAUGUUGUUGAGACGAUGAAUAGGGUUGAGGGUCAUAACUGA